AUGACCUCCAUCAGUGAUCAAGAAAUUAUCUAUACUCGCACUGGCGUGCAGAGUUGCGCUGUCAAGUCUGCUGAAACUCUAGAUAGUGACCUGCCUUUGAAGGAAUCAGAUAAUUUUCAUAACCGGAAGGAUCAAGGUGACGUGUCUGAUAGUGAAAUCCAGGUUCUAAAGGAGAGACUAAAUGUAGCUGAGACGAAGUUGAGGCUCCGGGAGGAUCAGGUGAUAGCACGAGAGCAAGGGUUGACAACGAUAGAAGAAGGUCUAAGGCUGCGUAAAGUUGAUUUGAGGUUCAGGGAAGAGGAUCUAAACAUCCGAGAGGAGGAAUUGAAGAUCGGACCGUUGCAUUUGCAAUCAACCACCACCACCCAACGACUGCAACUCAAUUCGAGGUUCGCCCUCUCAGAUCCAGUUCCUUACCAUUAUGUGGGAGCAAGCAUAAUUACUAUUACGAAGCGAAAGAUUCAGCAAACGGUUUCACAACUGUCGGACUUGACAUCCAUGGAUGCACGUGGACAGGCGCCUGGCCUCAACGAGGCAAAUACUGACCCAGGCCUCAAGGCGAAUCAACCUGCUUCUCAACUCAUUGUCUUUGGCAAAUGGUGA